UCUAGCAGUGAGCGUCGUUCGACAGAAAAAAAACAACAAAUAUUUUGCAUGUGCAAUAAACCAAACGUAAAUAGCAUUUCGGAAAUCACAGAACCACCGGAAAAUGGCUGCGGCCGGGAGUAACGUCCGAUGCAUCAACUACCACGACCUGUGCCGCAUCUGCACGGACAGCAGCGACCACAAGACGAACAUCUUCUCGCCCGAGGGACGCGCCAAGAACCUUAGCCACAAGAUCCUCGAGUGCCUCUCGCUGCAGAUUGAUGAAAAAGAUCGCCUGCCCAAGGUAGUCUGCGCCCAGUGCGUGCAUCAGGUGGAGCAGAUCCACGGACUCCGCGCCACCUGCCGCAACUCACAAACCAUGCUUAGCAACUGCCUUAACAUUCGUCCGGCGCCGAGCACCGACAGGCUGUACAUCCGGGAUGCGGUGGACGAGUCAGGGAAGAGUCUCAGCGUGGCGCAAGGGGCGCCAGCUCCUUCCGGAGCUCAGCAGUCCGGCAAUCUCUUGAACAGCAUCAUCCAGGCGGUGGGAAUGCAGCCCCAGCAGCAGUACACCAUCACAGUGGACAACGGGAUUCAACAGCAGCACCACCAAGCUUCGCCUGAAGUGCAAAUCAAAAGCGAGAGACAGACAGUGUUAGAGGAAUUUAUCCGCCUCAAGCCGGACAUUAAGAUAACGCCGCUAGGGAAAAAAGAGGCCAAUAUCACCGCCAAACCUCAGCAGCCACCUCCUCUGCAGCCGCAGUCAGUGACUACAGUAAACACUCACCAGUUGCAGUUACAGCCGCAGAUGGGCGACCAACUGCAGCCUCUGUGGCAGCAGAUUCAGCAAUUGCAACUGCAGCAGCAGCUUCAACAACUUACCAACCAACUGCAGGCUACCACUCAGUACUCCGCUGCUCAGGAAGAUGCCAAUUCUGGCGACAGCAAGAAACCUAAAUUUAACUUUGUGCUCUCUUCGCCGGCAGCGCCACAAUUCACCACCUCGCUGCCACAGUUCGGUGGCAGUCAUCCUCAGAUCCAGCUGCAGUUGAUGCCCGGAGGAGGAGCGGGGACGAAUACUGCGGCAGCACCGGCCCAGACGCAGUUUAAUGCCGCUGCCCUGCUCUCCAGCCUAGCGACCCCGCAGACUACCCCCAAUCUGCUUUCACCGAACAAGUGUUUCCUGCCCAUCACGAUUCGCGACGAAAAUUCGGACCAGCAGAUCGUGGCCCACAUAGACACAAAGAAUCUAGUCCUGCCCACCACCUACCAGGUGCAAAUGAAGCUGCAGCCUCAGCUGGCCACCGCCGACGGCCAGCCCAUUAUGCAGCUGACUCCCACCUCUAUUCCGGCUACACUGCAACUAACACCGCAGACUCUGGGCAAUCCGGGCAGCAGCUUUCAGGGCACAGCCACUGCGGUGGCCCAAAACCAAUUUCUGGCGCCGCAGCCGCCGCAGCCUCCUCAGCCUUUUCAACCGCAACAACAGCUUACUCAACUCCCCAACACGGCCCAGGUAACCUCCCAGCAAAUCAUCCGAUCUCCCCAGUCCAACACCACAAAUCCGCAGUUGGUGAUAAGAAAUGUGACCAACGCCCAGGCGACUCCCACCACGCCCACGAGCACUAAAGAACCGCCCGCUUUUAAAACACCGUCGCCAAGGCAAAAGCAAAUGCCAUCGCCGAAGAGCAAAACUCCAGUGGUCUCACCCUCAGGAGGAGUUAAUAACCAACCCACCAAUGAGUUCAAACGGCUAAUGACCCAGGCAAAGCAGCCACCGCAGGUGAAGCAAAAUCAGCCCCCAGCAGCCGCUGCAACUGCCCCCCAGAUAUCAACAUCGACCAAUCAGGCUGCCAUGCAGCGUCUUUCCUCGAACACAACCAUUACCAAAGUAGUAGCCAAGCAGCCCGUUUCGGUGCCACCUCCGGCUCAAGCGUCCUCUCCCGCCAAGUUGCCCAUGUUGAACAAACAAAAUAUUACCAUCAGUCGAAUCUCCAUGCAGACUACGCCAAAGCCGCAUAUAAAGCCUCCCACGACGACGCCUAUUUUUCCCCCUGCUCCCCAGCCCAUUCCUUUACCCGUUCCUGCACUUAACCAAGCCCAGCCACCUCCGCUGGCGGCGCAACAUAAGAAGAUCGUGCGCAAGCCACCCGAGAAUCCAGAGCCCGCGGGACAGAAGGCAAAACCAGCUCGGCCUCCGCAACAAAUUCUUCCCUUACCAAAUCAGGAAGGGCAGAAUGCGACCCCUAACGCCAACGAAGCGUUUUUGCCGACUCCGAGUCCUGCCCUUAUUUGUCCCACCUGCAAUCGCGAGUUUAAGAAGAAAGAACAUCUUACUCAGCAUGUUAAGCUGCACGCGGGUCUGCGACCUUUCAAAUGCUCGGAGGACGGCUGCGACAAGACCUUCAGCCGCAAAGAGCAUCUGUCCCGUCACUUGAUCUCCCACUCAGGCCAAAAGAUGUACACUUGCGAGGUCUGCAGGAAGCCCUUUUCGCGGAAGGACAACCUCAACAAGCACAAGCGGAUUCACACGCAGCCGGCUAACGAAAGUCUUUACUCAUGCGAUGUUUGCAACAAAAAUUUCGCCACCAAACUUCACUACGAGAAACAUAGGGAAAUGCACAAGAAAACGCGACCAGAAAAUGCGGCUCCGGCAGCCAAUGCUCCUGCCCCAGUAACAUCUGCCCCUUCUCAAGUGCGUAGCAAUGGUCCCAACAAGGGUGUUUAUGAAAUUAAACAGCGCACUUCUCAGCAGCAACAGCAGCAGACUCAGACACAAACACAGGCGCAGCCGGCACAGAUCAUGCAUGUGGUGACCACGCAAGACCUGGCCGGUAACACAAUAACGAUCACCCAAGCGCCCGACUCCAAUAUGCCGACAUCUUUGGCCAACUUCGUGCAGUUGGGCUUUCCCCAGUUCCAGAACCCCAGCGCACCAGCAGCCAAGUAA